AUGAAGUUCUCCAACGUCAUCAACUUUGCUCUCCUGAGCGUCGCCUCGGCUGCUCCCACUCCCACCGUUGAGGAGGAGUCGUCCGGCGUCAUCGCCAAGCGCGCCUCCAUCACCGAGUCCUGCAACAUCGGCUACGCCAGCACCAACGGCGGAACCACCGGUGGAAAGGGCGGCUCCACCACCACCGUCUCGACCCUCGCUCAGUUCACCAAGGCCGCCGAGUCCAGCGGCAAGCUGAACAUCGUCGUCAAGGGCUCCAUCUCCGGCAACGCCAAGGUCCGCGUCGCCUCCGACAAGACCAUCGUGGGCCAGAAGGGCUCCAAGGUUGUCGGCGCCGGCCUCUACAUCAAGGGCGUCAAGAACGUUAUCGUUCGCAACCUUGCCAUCUCCAAGGUCAAGGAGGCGUACGGCGACGCUAUUGGUAUUGAGGCUUCUACCAAUGUUUGGGUUGACCACUGCGACCUGUCCUCGGACCAGAGCUCCGGAAAGGACUACUACGACGGUCUCUUGGAUAUUACCAAGGGUGCUGACUGGAUCACGGUCUCCAACACUUACCUCCACGACCACUACAAGACCUCGCUCAUUGGUCACGUUGACACCAACACCAGCGACAAGGGCAAGCUUCACGUCACCUACAGCGGAAACUACUGGAACAACGUCAACUCUCGCAACCCCUCUGUUCGCUUCGGAACCGUCCACGUCUACAACAACUACUACAACAAGGUCGGCUCGACUGGUGUCAACACUCGCAUGGGCGCCCAGGUUCGCGUUGAGUCCUCCGUCUUCGAGAACUCUUCCAAGAAGGUCAUUCUCUCCGCCGACUCCAAGGAGGUCGGCUACGCCACCGUCUCUGACAUGUCCUACGGUGGUGGCGAGAACAGCGCCCCCAAGGGCGACUUCGGCUCCAGCAAGAUUCCCUACAGCUACACUCUCUACGGCAAGGCCAACGUCAAGAGCAAGGUCGUUGGCACCGCUGGCCAGACCCUCAGCUUCUAA